UAUGCGCUUAAUAGAGGGUUUGUUUUGCAGCGACAGAAAGACAGACAGGCACCGCCACAAAGCAGUAGCCAAGUCAGCAUCCCAUGAAUGGAGCACGGUGUAGUGUUGGAGACAGAGAUCCGCAGAUGUUGGGGCAAGCAGACAAUCGGCAAUUCAGCUCUUGCGUUGAUUUAGGGCAGUUUUUUUUUAGACUGACAAGGCACCCGGAUAUAGGAAUAAAAACAUGCUCUGAAAUAGGAGGCAGAAGGUUGAAUGGGUUGGCCUCAUCCGUUUUAUGGAUGCGCAUAUGUUCCGGGUGCUAUUCUCUCUCAUUUAGCUCAGAUGCAUAUUCAUUGGACCUUUUGUGUGGCUUUCCCUUGUGAGAGAGCGACCUUUAAAGUCACAAAAGACUGGGUUAUAUAGGAGAUGGAGCGAAAAAUUGCUUUUCUGCAAGCGGUGGUCUUUAGUUGAAGGGUUGCAUUUUGUUCAAAUGGUUUUGAUAUGGAAUCGGCUAAAUAGGAGAACAAGAUCGUAGACUAUAGCUCCAAACUAUUUUCUCUCAACCGACGCAGCUGAAGAGAAAAGUUACUUUGGUUCGAGAGCCGUCAACGAUGGAGGAAUCCAGCUCACAGAAGUUGGUUUGGGACGGCGACGCCAAAGCAGUGCAGCAGUGUCUAACGGAUAUAUUCACCAGUGUCUACACCACAUGUGACAUUCCGGAAAAUGCCAUUUUCGGGCCUUGUGUUUUGAGCCACACGUCGUUGUAUGACAGCAUAGCCUUCGUAGCCCUCAAAUCAACGGACAAACGAACGGCGCCAUACAUCUUCAGGGUGGACACGUCAGCAGCCAACAGCACGUCUGAGGGCUUGAUGUGGCUACGGCUCGUGCAGUCGGCGCGGGACCGGGACGAGCAGAACCUCGAGGCCUACGUGAAGAACGGUCAGCUGUUCUACAGGUCUCUCCGGAGGAUCGAGAAGGACGAGGAGCUGUUGGUCUGGUACGGGAAAGACCUGAUUGAGCUGCUGCUGCUUAGCGCUGGCAAAGCGCCGGUCAAGACCAAGGGGUCGGCUCCCUAUUCGUGUCCUGACUGCAACCAGCGCUUUCAGUUUGAGUUCCCUUUCCUGGCCCACCUGAGGUUCCGCUGCACCAAGAGACUACAGAGCAUGGCGGCGGGCGAUGUGGACGAGGAGGUCCACAGUAAGGAGCCAAGCACCGAGCGCCCUAACCCCAACCUUACAAAUACCACACCCACCAGGGCAAGCCCGAAACUGGGCCGCUCGGAGGGGGACAACGCCAAACCCUCCACAGACUUCCAUAACCUAGCCAGGGACCUAGAGAACAGCCGGACUAGCCCACCCAGCGACCGCGAGGCUGAGAUACGCAGCGAGAGCUCUGGGAAGAGGAAGUUCUCAGAGGUAGAGGACAGGGAUAGAGAGAGGGACAGGGAUGGUAGCAGGGCCUCUCUGAGUCUGUCUCAGUCCCUCAAGUCUAAGGAGGAGCUGGCUAGCUCGGCACAGAACUACCGGGGAGCGUACGGCCUGGAGGAGAACCGACGAGGGCCUACGUUCUCCCCACCAGGGUCGGGGUCCACCGAGUCGGGUGGUGAGGGGAAACGCAGCGCCUUCACCGAGGUCAAGAAGUCUCCACAGAGCCUAAAGACGCACGGUAACAGCAGCAGCACCAAAAACCUCCAGAACUCCAACGCCGAAAACAAGGACGGAGGUCGUCCCAGCCAAGGCAGCAACCCUCCCCAGGAGAAGCAUCUCAACAUCAGGCAGGUUCUGUCGGAGACUCAGCCUGUCCAGUCACAGACCCGCAUGGAGGCCUCUCCGCUAGGGAGCGCCUUCACCUCCGUAGCCCAGCAUGGUGGGGGGAACAGCGGGGAGAGGAAGAGCGCUUUCAGCCAACCCUCUCGCCACGCUACCUCCUCCUUCUCCCAGAUCUCUCCUCUGGUCAUGGCCACGCCCAAACUCCUGGACUGCCACCCGUCGGUGGGCGACACCAUCUCCUCCUCUAGACUCUACCAGGCAGACCACCUGGUCGCCAAACUCCACGGCGCUGAGCUGAGCACCAAUUGCCCCGUGCCGGGCGCCAUGUCCAAGCAGAGCCCGUUCCUCUACGCAGCGGCUGCUGCCACAGCCUUCUGGCCUAAGAGCCAGGGCCCCAUCCAGCUGCAGAUGCCCUCAGCGUUAACCUUACUCCCCCCCUCCUUCACCUCUCUGUGUCUGCCCGCCCAGAACUGGUGCGCCAAGUGCAACGCCUCCUUCAGGAUGACCUCUGACCUGGUGUACCACAUGAGGUCGCACCAUAAGAAGGAGUUGGCCAUGGAGCCGAUGGUGAAGAGGAGGCGUGAGGAGAAACUCAAGUGUCCAAUCUGUAACGAGUCGUUCAGGGAGAGGCACCACCUCUCGCGUCACAUGACCUCCCACAACUGACCUUUAGAUAAAUAGCAAACCGUUUUCACACUGCUAGGCUAAGCUGAAUUGAGCCAAGCUGAACUGAGCCAAGCUGAGCUGAGCUGGGUUACGGACUUCCAUCCGAUGAAGGAACCCUUUGCCGCAAAGGACACUGUGUAAAGAAAAUACUGUAGCCGAGCCAGCACAGUAUGGCCCGGUCAUCCAUGAAGUUACUGGGACAGAUCAUAAAGGACAAAUGGAAGAUAAUAUGCCCGAGCCAGGUCAGCACAGUGCGGUUUGGGUCGGCACUACAGUGGGAAAAGGUUAUCACAUCACUGACCAUGGGGAAUAACUUUUUUACCAUCUGGUAAACAGACAUGGAAUUACUGACUGGCUGGCUGACUGCCUGGAUGACUGACUGGCUGGCUGACUGGCCAGCUGACUGGCUGACUGACUGACUGGCUGACUGGCUGACUGACUGACUGGCUGACUGGCUGACUGACUGGCUGACUGGCUGGCUGACUGGCUGGCUGACUGGCCAGCUGACUGACUGACUGACUGACUGGCUGACUGACUGGCUGACUGAAUGGCUAACUGACUGGCUGACUGGCUGACUGGCUGACUGACUGGCUGACUGACUGGCUGGCUGACUGGCUGACUGACUGGCUGAUUGACUGUUUGGCUGACUGGCUGACUGACUGACUGACUGGCUGGCUGACUGGCUGACUGAUUGGCUGACUGACUGACUGUUUGGCUGGCUGGCUGACUGACUGACUGACUGGCUGACUGGCUGACUGGCUGACUGGCUGACUGACUGUUUGGCUGACUGGCUGACUGACUGACUGACCGACUGGCUGGCUGGCUGGCUGACUGGUUGACUGACUGACUGACUGGCUGGCUAGCUGACUGACUGACUGGCUGACUGGCUGGCUGGCUGACUGACUGGCUGGCUGGCUGACUGGCUGACUAGCUGACUGACUGACUGGCUGGCUGGCUGGCUGGCUAGCUGACUGGCUGACUGGCUGGCUGGCUAGCUGACUGACUGGCUGACUGUUUGGCUGACUGGUUGACUGGCUGACUGACUGACUGACUGACUGACUGGCUAGCUGACUGGCUAACUGACUGACUGACUGGCUGGCUGACUGGCUAGCUGACUGGCUGGAUAUACACCACUUAAACAGAGCACUUGUUUCCACUUUCAACACAGUUGUUAUUUUCCUUCAGUCUGUUUUUUGUUUCUUUAUUUGAGUGUAUGCAAAUGCAUUUUUUGACUUUGAGAAAGGACACUAUUUAUCUUAUGAAGCACUUACAAUUUGGGAAAUAAGGGAAGAUAAGAAUAUGUGUAAUUUAAAUGUACAGUAAGUUGUAUUUUAUAUUAUAUAAAUACAUAUAUAGAAAAUGAUAAUAAAAAAUAGUUACAUUACAUGGUUUAGUAUUCAAUACCUUUUUUUUUCAUGUUCACUUUAAAGGUUACAUAUUAUUGACACAAAUGGGGAUGUGACGUCAGACAGACUGACUAUAUUUCAGAGUGCAUGUGUAAUAAUAGUCGAUAUAAAUAAGAUGAAGAUUAUACAGGUACAAUGUAAAUACAUGUUGUUGUUUUUUUUUUUAAAUACAAAGUGUGAUAUUUUGUGUCAGUGGGGAAUAGUUUCCGGGUUUUGUCCUUCAUGCUGAAAUCAGUGAAAUGUACUACUUGAUAGUUUAUCUGAAUCAUGUUGAAUGCUUUGACAAUAAAAUAGCUUUAUUUUCA